AAAAUUAAACAAACAAAACAUAAACAAAAAGUAAAACAAACCAACAGAAAUGAACCUCCAUCUCCAUUUAGUCAAGACAAGAGCCAAGUCAAAGUCUUCUCUUUCCCACACUCUUUCACAACAACAUUUCAUACAAACAACAAAUGCAUCCAACAACAUUAACAACAACAACACAUUCACAUAAUUCCCAUUGAAACAAAAAACAUCAUCAAAAAAACCAAACAAAACAUAACAUGUACCUUAAAAUCUUUCUAUUUUUAGCCUUUAUUCUCUUUGUUGCCGCCACCGUCACCGCCGUCAACCCUGGCGACACCCUCUCCGCCUCCACCAACCAAUCAUGGUCAUCACCAUCCUCCACUUUCUCCCUCCGUUUCAUCCAAACCACCCCACCAACAACCCCUCCUUCCUUCCUCGCCGCCGUAGUCUACUCCGGUGGAGCUCCAGUUGUCUGGACAGCUGGAAACUCCAUCGCAGUUGACUCCGGGGGCUCCUUUCAGUUUCAAACCAACGGGAAUCUCCGUCUUGUCAACGGCUCAGGCGCUGUGAAAUGGGACAGCAACACAACAAGGUUGGGUGGUACAUCAGUUAAAAUUCAAGAUAGUGGCAAAUUGGUCAUUUUGAAUGGGACAAAGGAAGUUUGGUCAAGCUUUGAUCAUCUUACAGAUACCCUUUUGCCAUCUACAAAUUUUAGUGUUGGUAAGGUAUUGAAAUCUGGUGAUUAUAGUUUUAGUCUUGCAAAGAUUGGUAAUUUGAGUUUGAUUUGGAAUGAUAGUGUAACUUUUUGGACACAUGGUUUGAAUUCAUCUGUUAAUGGUAGUUUGAGUAAUCCUGUUUUAGGUUUGUCGCCUAUUGGGAUUUUGCAGCUUAGUGAUGUGAAUUUGAGUACACCUGUUCCUGUUGCUUAUAGUAGUGAUUAUGCUGAUGCUGGGAGUGGUGGGAGUGAUGUUUUGAGGGUUUUGAAGUUGGACAGUGAUGGGAAUUUGAGGAUUUAUAGUACUUCUAGAGGGAGUGGGAGUCCGAUUGCGAGAUGGGCGGCUGUUCAGGACCAGUGUCAGGUUUAUGCUUUUUGUGGGAAUUAUGGUAUUUGUAGUUAUAAUGAUACGAAUCCGAUUUGUGGGUGUCCUUCGGAGAAUUUCGAAGUGAAUGAUGGUGGAAAAGGGUGUAGGAGGAAGGUGGAUCUUGCUAAUUGUCGAGGGAAUGAGACUAUGCUGGAGUUGGAUCAUACACAGUUUUUGACUUAUCCUCCUGAAUCCUUGUCGCAGUCGUUUUUCAUCGGUAUAUCGGCGUGUCGAGGGAAUUGUCUCUCUGGGUCGGGUGCUUGUUAUGCUUCUACGUCUUUGUCGGAUGGAACGGGGCAAUGUUACAUUAAAUCGGUGGAUUUAGUUAGUGGUUAUCAUAGUCCUGCUUUACCUAGUACUUCUUAUGUCAAAGUUUGUCCGCCGUUGGCUCUGAAUCCACCACCUACUUCUGGGGAGACGGUGAACGAGAAGAGUUCGAGUGUACCUGGUUGGGUUGUUCUAGUUGUUGUUUUGGGUACCCUUUUAGGCGUGGUUGCUAUUGAAGGUGGUUUAUGGUUUUGGUGUUGUAGAAAAACUGCAAGGUUUGGUGUAUUGUCGGCUCAAUACGCUCUUCUUGAGUACGCUUCUGGUGCGCCGGUUCAGUUCACAUACAAGGAGCUUCAGCGCUCUACAAAAAACUUCAAGGAGAAGCUCGGAGCCGGUGGAUUUGGUGCUGUGUAUCGAGGAAUUCUUGUUAACAAAACUGUUGUUGCAGUAAAACAACUUGAAGGAAUUGAGCAAGGUGAGAAACAGUUUAGGAUGGAAGUUGCAACUAUAAGCAGUACUCAUCAUUUGAAUUUGGUGAGACUUAUCGGCUUUUGCUCGGAAGGACGCCACAGGCUUUUAGUCUACGAGUUCAUGAAAAACAGUUCCUUAGAUAACUUUUUAUUCCCAAAAGAAGAGCAAUCGGGAAAGCUGUUGAAUUGGGAGUACCGGUACAAUAUUGCACUUGGCACUGCUAGAGGAAUCACAUACCUUCAUGAGGAGUGUCGUGACUGCAUAGUCCACUGUGAUAUCAAACCUGAAAACAUUCUCUUGGACGAUAAUUACGUCGCUAAAGUCUCGGAUUUCGGUCUUGCAAAGCUCGUUAAUCCAAAAGACCAUAGACACAGGACUUUGACAAGUGUACGAGGAACAAGAGGAUAUUUAGCCCCUGAGUGGAUUGCAAAUCUUCCGACAACAUCGAAAUCUGAUGUUUACAGCUACGGCAUGGUCUUGUUAGAGAUUGUGAGCGGAAGGAGGAACUUCGAUGUCUCCGAGGAAACAAAUAGGAAGAAAUUUUCCACUUGGGCCUAUGAAGAGUUUGAGAAAGGUAACAUCAAAGGAAUUUUGGACAAAAGACUCGCAGACGUAGAAGUCGAUACCGAGCAAGUUACAAGGGCAAUUCAAGUAUGCUUUUGGUGCAUCCAAGAGCAGCCGUCUCAACGUCCAGCGAUGAGCAAAGUUGUUCAAAUGCUAGAAGGAGUAAAAGAAAUUGAGAAGCCAGCUCCUCCUAAGUUUGUUGCUGAAGGACCUGUUAGUGGAACCAGCACCUAUAUUAGCAGCAAUGUAAGUGCAUUUUCCACAGUUGGAGCCUCACCAAAUGUUCCUUCGUCAUCUUCAUCAAUCCAGACUAGUGGUGUUUCAAACUUUGCCUCGGGAAGAAAUCCUGAGAAGGCAAGUUCAUCCCUUUUACAAUCAGAUCAAUGAAUUUGGAUUCCCUGCAGUCGCCAAAAUUCCUCAUUCACGGACUCACCACAAAAUAAAUAACUUCUUGAAAUUUGCACCAUUCAAUCUUGAUCCAAUGGUCACCAACGUGGUGACAGUGUGAAUGCCGGAUUUUGGCGACUGCCUUCAUUCUUUUAUGAGCACGGUCACAUUGGCUAGGGAUUUGUGUUGGAACAGCAGAAGUAAGUUUUGCUGCCCAAAUUUAAUGUAUAAUAUAUAUUCUGUAUGUUAUUUUUAUUUUUUCUACAUGAUGAUCAUUAUAUACUAGUUUAAAAUAGGAGAUUGCAAAUUUAUAGUUGAAAUAAUUAUUUGUAUUCAAUUCCUGAAAUUUCUGGUUAUUGUGUAUGUCCAUAUGAUGCAGCAGAAGCUAUAUAUCAAGACUACUUUGUU